UAUAUAGGGUUGGAUCGAAAAUGGAACCGUUUCCCUAAGUGUUAACACAAGCAAUUAUGAUGCAAUAUUUUAAUUGCUCCACGAUAACACUUUUACAAUACUGGAUGUCGUUUACAUCUACUUAAAUUAUAUUGAAGCAGUAAUAGUUUUUAGGCAGAUGUACUGAAAUUAUCAAGCUGUGCAAAAGUGAAAUAGUUCAUUCUCACAAUGAAGUCAUUUGGAAUACUAUUGGUGCUAAUUAUAACUUCUAAUGCAUCCAGUAUGCAAAACAGUAGCCAGUUUGGAAUUGAAGAAAAGUUGCUGUUCAACCGUAAAUUCAUUGAUUUUUUGUUAAUAUAUGCUGUACCAACGCGGGAACACACAAGUCGUGAAUGCAUCGAAGUCCUGCAAAAAUUGGCAACAGCAUAUCUAAACGGCGAUUUGUACGGCCUCGAAUGGUUCGACUCGUGGGGCAAGGUCCCGUCGGGAAUCUACUUUGGAAACAACCGUGCUUAUGGAAACUACGAUCAGUGUCGCCAGUUUAGAUGGAAGCAAAUCCGAGGGGAGCAUUGCUUGUUUCUGAUCAAUUAUUCCGAUAUGGCUAAAUCCUAUGUAUCGGGAUUAUGUGUACCAUCGGUUUGCACUCCGGAAGACAUUCAUCGGGUCUACGGGGAUUAUGUUGCCAACAGAAGCUUAAAAAUUGAUCUCCCAUUGGAUCGUGGCUUGCGUUGUAGUCAUUAUCACGGAGUCAAAUUCAGCAGAUCAAUUUUACUGGCUACAGUGAUUUUUGCAGUAAUUGCGAGUCUACUAUUAACUAGCACAAUCUAUGAGGUUGUUCUUGUUAUUAAAGGCCGCCAAGUUGAUCGUCUCUACAGUUCAUUCUCGCUUUACCGCAAUCUUCAAACCAUACUGAGAACUAAUCUGAGAGUAACACCCAAAGAAGCAGAGUUCACGAAGACAAUCGAAUGCUUGGAUGGCAUACGAUCACUUUCGAUGAUCUGGAUCAUCAUAUUCCAUGUUCAUGAUCUAAUUCCAAAGGUUCCAGUUGUAAACGCAUCAUCCCGGGACAAGUAUCUCGAUCAUCCGGUUUCAGCGCUGCUGUUCGUAAGCGGUUUUUUAGCUGUGGAUACGUUUUUCGUGCUGAGUGGAAUUCUUGUAGCAUGGAACUUAAUGAAGGAAUUGAAGAAAAAUGGCAGAAUCAAUUUCACGAAAUUCUAUCUUCAUCGUUACAUACGAAUCACGGCUCCAUUGGCCGCAUUAAUACUGUUUGUCACAUCCUUCGCAGUGCACAUGGGAGAAGGGCCCAUUUGGAAGCCGUAUAUGUUACAGAUGCAAAAUACAUGCUCACAAUAUUGGUGGUCCAGCCUAUUGUACAUUCAAAACUACGUCAACCCAUCUAACAUGUGCCUUCUCUGGACUUGGUACCUCUCGGUAGAUAUGCAGUUGUAUAUUGUGGCCCCUGCAUUAAUCUAUCCGCUAUGGAAAUACGGAAAGCGAUUCCUUCUUGUUAUCACCGCUCUAGGUCUACUUUCAAUGAGUUCAGUGUUUGUGUUCUACGUAUCAUAUGGUUUCCGCAAUAGUCAAUCCGCCCCAAACAGGCAUGUUUUGAAGCAGUCCUUGACAUAUUUUGCAACGCACGCCAGGAUGUCAGUUUGGUUGUGGGGUUUGGUAUUUGGCUACGUUCUGCAUGAAACUGGAACGAAUGGAGUGAGACUUUCCAAACGAUCCUGGAUCAUUGGUUGGAUCACCUGUAUCGUCUGCCUUAUGAUAGUUCUUAGUGGUAGCUAUGGAUUCAACCACACAGAUUAUAACAAAUUCUCCGGAGUGGUAGACGCUACUUACGCCUCACUUCAUCGAACAAUGUUCAGCGUUUGUAUCAUGUGGAUCAUACUGGCUUGCGUGAACGGGAAAGCCGGACCGGCCAACGAUAUCCUUUGUGCUCCGCUGUGGCAACCAGUGGCCAAAUUGUCUUUUGUAAUGUAUUUACUGCAUUCUUUGCUGAUAAUGAUGAGCUCGAUUGCUUCGGUGAAACUGGAAGGAUAUUUCAGCGUUAUGGAUAUGCUAAACCGAAUCUGGGCGGCCAUCGGACUAACGACGAGCGUUUCGCUUUUUUGGAGUGCGUGUUUCGAGUUGCCAUUCGUGACUUUGAGCAAACUUUUGUUGAAAGGGUAAUCUGUUCCUGAAACAGCCGGGUGCUUGUAUGAUGUUACAUAU